AUGGCUGAUCGAGGUGUUCCUGUUGGUCCCGACGGGGAUAUUUUCUUUGAUCCCAAACACCACAACCACCAUCAUGAGGAACACGCCGAGGGCGACUUUGAAUACCUGGUGAACCUCAAGGCUCGUACUGCUUCUUCCAGUCAGCCCUGCUCCCCCCACUGCCUGGAUGAGUACAUCUGCGGCAUCACCAGUCUCCCCAGCCCUGAUGAGUGGGAGUGGUUCAAGAAUUCGGAUCUCGAGCACACCAAGCAAAACGAGAUUGCUCGCUUCGCUGCUUCCGAAAGAGCCACUCUCUCCCCCGUCCUGCAGAAGCCAGCGACCCAGGAUGGUGUCCUGACUCGAAUGGACCUUACUCCCGAAAACCUGCCGUCCCUACUGCAGCUGCCCGGAGAGGUCCGCAUGAAGAUCUACAGCUACCUGUGGAACUCUUAUCGUGUGUCCAUCGAACGCAACACUUCCAUAAGCCCCCGCUUCAAGCUCACCUACAACGAGCUCGGCAAACGCGAUCCGAACACGCACCAGCUCUAUCAUGGUACCUCCUGCCGGGACCUGUUUACGACCGGGCUCAUUUUCACCUGCAAGGGCAUCUACCGGGAAACGCUGCAACUCCUCUACUCCAACACGCAUUUUGUAUUCUGCACCAUACAUAGUGCGCGUCGAUUCCUCGAAACUGUCACCCCCGAUGCAAAGGCGGCUAUUAAGCACCUUGGGCUGCGAAACACGACGUACAACGAGCCCUUCCUUAAUGAGCACCGCCCUUUCAAGAGACGGAGCGAUCUCGCCUGGUCAAAGGUCUGCGAGCGCUUCGCCAGAGACUUGACCGCGCUGCAAACCCUUGAUCUCGAGGCGACCAUCCUUGGCUGGCCGCUCCCUCUGCGCGUGGACGGGUCGUGGUCUCGUCCGUAUAUGCACUUUUGUGGAUUCCGCGAGACUGGACGCCUGACCUGGGUGAGCGUGAAGCUGAGGCUGACGAAUGCGGUCACGUUGGAUCCGGUUCCCUCAUAUGAGGCCCAUCCCAGCUUGCUUCCGCAAAUUGCGACCGAGCUGGAGAGUCGAUUGAUGACCAAGGAAGCUUUUCAGAUUCGCCAGGAUGCUCUACUCGCGGAGAAGCUGCAGACGGAGGAACCUCCGCUCAAGGCCAGGAAAGUCCUCCGCCUUGUGAUCCCGCCGACCAUUCGACACUCAACUGAACGCCCUUCUGUUUGA